AUGACAAAGCACUUCCCUAAGAGGCUCCAGAACCGGUUGAUGGAACGCAGGAUAUGUCAGAACCGGCUAGUUAAGAAGGAUGGCCAUUGCAACAUCGAGUUUGGCAACGUUGACUACCAUAAGCGAUUUGUCUUCUUUGUGGACUUUUGGACCACUGUUGUGGAGACACGCUGGCGCUAUGUGCUGUUCCACUACGUGGUCUCCUUUGCUGGCAGCUGGUUCAUUUUUGGUCUGGUGUGGUACUGGAUUGGCAAGAGCAACGGGGACCUCCUUGAGCAGAAUCCCUCAAAGAACCACACCCCAUGUGUGAACAACGUCUAUGGCCUAACCACUGCCUUUCUUUAUUCCCUGGAGACUCAGACUACCAUUGGGUAUGGCCUACGUGCCAUCUCUGGCGUCUGUCCUGGCUCUGUUGCCCUCCUCAUCAUCCAGACCCUCUUAGGUACCAUACUCAACUGCUUCACCUGUGGUGUCAUCUUGGCCAAGAUCUCCCUCCCGAAAAAAAGGGGGAAGACCAUCAGCUUCAGCCAAAUGGCUGUCAUUUGUCCGAAGAACAACAACUUGUGCCUGCAGAUCCAAGUGGCAAACAUGCGCAAGUCACUGCUGAUCGGGAGCCAGAUUUACGGAAAGCUACUGAGAACAACCAUCACGCCUAAUGGGGAGACCAUCAUUCUGGACCAGGUGAACAUUGACCUUGCUGUGGAUGCUGGCAAGGACAACCUGUUUUUCAUCUGCCCCCUUACCCUCUACCAUGUGAUCGAUAAGUCAAGUCCUUUAUAUGAAAUGACCGAGGACACCCUGCACCAGCAGGAUUUUGAGCUGGUGGUCUUUUUGGAUGGUGUAUCAGAGUCCACCAGCAUUUUCCUUCACGUCCGGACCUCUUACAUCCCACAGGAGAUCAAGUGGGGGUACAGCUUCCUGCCUGUGGUGUCUCGUACUAAGGAGGGAAAGUACUGUGUGGAUUUCUCCAACUUCUCCAAGAUGGUGCCUGUAGCCACACCACACUGUGCCCAAUGCCUCCACAACAAGGAGAUCCAUCAGGAUCGCAAUAACCACCACGGAGCAAAGACAGGCAUUGACAACCAUGGCUUUGAGGUGAUUGACAUCCUUGAUUCGGGUUACCACACAACUAUUUGA